AAAGCUCCGGAGCCUUCCAGUCGGAUAUCUUGUGCAGCGCGCGAUCUGAAGCGUUACGCACAAAUCACGGUUGAUAACUUUGAACCUAGCUCAUCACGACACAAGACUCAUCAUCAAAGCGUGCACGGGAGGAAAAAAAAGCGCAAAACAGGCAGACCUAGGAAACGCUGCCAAGGUACGCUCCCGAGCCGCAAUACAGUUCCAAAGAAGCCCGCCAUAGACCGCGACCGCCCGUCGUGUCGCGGUGCGCUUCAGCAGCGCGCGCCGGGCGGCUCCCGGAGUCCCGGUACGCGGCGGCGGCGCCGCCGCCCGGCGCGGUUUCGUCGGCACGACGUGCCCUGUACCGUUAACGGUACGGGGCAGACGCGCGGCGAUUAGUACGCUACACACACGAACGCCCCGUCGAUUGAACUUCGAGUCCUCGACGCUGCGACGACGCACGCAGGAAAAACGAGACCAUGGGUUUCAAGGCCACCGUCAUCGGCGUGCUGCUCUGUAGCAUUCGUGCGAGCGCAGAAUGCGCCGGCCAAUGCCCCGCGGGCACAGAGAGCUUGGGCCUGAGGCCGCUCGACGUCACAGGGACAUGUCACGGUUGGGACUGUUCCAUCGAUAACCAGUUCUGCCCGGAAUGGAUCGAUGCAGCGACGGCAAAGGGACCGUGUGUGCUGUUGUUACAACCGUACGCCGCCACCUCCGACGCCUUCUGAGCCCGUCUUCAAAGAAGGUGAUGAUGGUCGGUGCAAUUGAUCCGCCGCCGGCGCCGACUUCUGCGCCGAGUGCCGGGCCGUCCGCUGCGCCGACGGGAACGCCGGCGCCUACUGUCUCGGCCGUCCCGUCCACAUCACCGACGCAAGACCCGACGCAUGCGCCUACAGCGACGUUCACGCCUACGCGCUCGGAAACCUACGCGCCGACGAGGGCGAUGACGGACGCGCCAUCUUACGCGCCGACCACGGACACCUACGCUCCAUCGUCGACGCCGACGGCUACGGCCGCGCCGAGCUCUAUGCCGUCGGCCACAAGCGCGCCGACCAAGUAAGGCGCAUUCGCUCCCCGCUUCAUUUAUUCGUGUAAGCAGGAACACAAUC